CUUGCCAAAAGUGUGGGACGUCAAUUUUACGUUUCUUAUAUCGUGGUAAUUUUCACUUAGAGUAUGUACGACAGGCAAAAACGGAUUUUCACAUUCCAGGAGAAGUCAGGAACUGAUGAAAACGUUGGGCCGGGGUCUUACUCUCCUCAUGAGUUUAGAUGCUUAGGAUACGAUACCGGAUAUGCACCAUUUGAAUCUCUCGCUGAAAGGAAACUUGAUUUCGCAUGUGCGGAUGCCGGGUUAUUUCCAUCGCCUGCAGAUUACUUUCCCAGCGUACCAACUGCAAAGAUAAAGGGAUGCAGCUCAAUUGCGAACAAGGCAAAACGCUUUCCACGAUUUAUCUCUGAAGGACCAGCCCCUGACGCCUACAAUGUGGUGUCUGUAUGGGGUGGUAGAAAGCCAGAUCCAUGCGGCUUACUUCUUCCGGAGAAAGUAUUAAAUCAGCUUCUUGGUGAACCAAGUUAUAACAAACGGUCGAUCUCUUGUGACAAAAUUCCUUACGUUCGAUUUCGUGAUGUGCCAAGUAUACCAUCUGGUCAAUUUGUUCACGGUUAUGAAGAGGGUACAGAUGGGAGAUUACAACCACAGCCAGGGCCAAAACGCGACGAGACUAUUGGGCCAGCGUUUUAUGCACCGACAAAGGAACCUGUCUUCACAAGAUAUAGAGGGUGUGGAUGGUCAAAAAGUACUUCAGAGCGCAAUCUAGUGCGUAUAACUCCUAACUCAAUUGGUCCAGGCCAGUAUAACCCUUACAGUGAUCACUGGGAGAAGAUUAUAGAAACGGCAAGAGAAAGAAGUGUUGUUGAAGCUGAACGACCAUUAGCAGUUCCAAGAUUUAUGGAUAAAGUUGUCCAACAGUUACACAAAAAUAAUUUUCCCAGUCCAUGUUCAUAUAAUAUUCAGGAUAAACAAUUUUCAAAGUCUGAUGGAUCACAGGCACCUUUCAAUACUGAAGAAAAAAGAUUCAAAGACAAAGUAAUUGAAACGCCAGCGCCAAAUAAAUAUGAUCCUCAAGAUGGUGCAAUUUCACGAAGAUGGUUGAAGCGUUUUCAACCGAAGCCAUUCGAUGCAACAGCAGAACGAUUCACUAGCAAAAGUGAACCAGGUCCAGCUCCAAAUAGUUAUGUAAUAAAAGAAUCGCUAACACAUCCGCACAUUGAUGUACAAGCUAGUAAAGGCGUUGCAUUUGGAUCAACAGCUAAACGACUGGGCGAUAAUUUUGCCUCUAGCACAAAAACAACAGCACCGGACAACAGUCUUCCAGGGCCUGCUCAAUAUAGUCCCAAGAGAUACGAUGAAAAGUGUUCGCUUAAAGGUACUGGUUUGCCAAAGGCUAAACGAGAAACUUCAGUGAUCUUAUCAUCAGCGCCACCACCUGGAACCUACGAUUUCGGAAAAUCAUUCGACAUUACCCAAUGCAGGCGUGUUCCUGCAAUACCGCGUAAAGCAGAAGCCAAACAAAGAAGAGGGUGUUUCUCGCAUACAGCUGAAAGAUUCGGUAAAUUCUCUGUAAUAUGUCCAAAAGAUCCCGAUAUUCCGGGUCCUGCUGAAUAUUGUAUAACGGAAGGUAAAUCUCAAAAAGGCAAGUUUGUUUUUCAAUCGGAAAGAUUCAAAGAAGUUGAAAAAGAACAACUACCUGGUCCAGCAGAUUAUGAGUUAUCACCUGCAGUUGCUGAUUCAGUACUAAAAGGUACAUUUAAUGUAACCCUGGACUCUCCAUUAUCAUUCAAUAAAUGGUCUUCUGAAGAACCUAUCCUUGUGAAAAUAUAACAAUUCAAUACAAUCAUUUGUCAGCAUAUGUAUUUCUCCUGACAGCCUGAAGAUAGAAAAAGUGGA